UGUUUCUUGUCUCCCAAAAUCGAGAACCUCGCCGUCCUCAGCCGUAGAAACCAGCGCCGACGACCCUGCACCAAAUUCUCCGGCCAAGCACCCACCGGAGGAGCUUUCAACAAACCGCGGCCGGAGACGAAGAAAGCACCGCCGAAAGCAGGUCCGUGCGGCGCAGCCACGGACGACAGCAUCGGUGGCCAAGAAAUCCAGAAUCUCCGAGGACGCGGCGACAACCGAGGAUCCGCGCCGAGAAUCGCCGGAGCACAGCUACGGCGGCGGCAAGAAGAGGUUCCUCUCGCCCAGAACUCCCACGGACGAGGCGCCGACGGCAAGAAGCUCCUCAUCGACCCUCUGCGUCGCCGCCCACGCUGACCUCUGCGUCGCCGCUGAAGCUCCACCAAGAACCUCUCGCCGACCUCGGCCACCACCCUGCACCCCAUUUCACGGCGCCGGCGAGCAAAUAGCCGCAGUUGGCCAGGCCAAGAUUCCUCCGAGAAGCUCUGCGCCGCCGACGCUGACGGUGGCGCCGCUGCAAGCUCCGCCAAGAACCUCUCGCCGACCUCCUCCGCCACCCUGCAGCCAUUUCCCGGCGGCGGCAAGCCAAGAACCGCAGCUCGCCAAGGCAAGAUUCCGCUGAGAAGCACUGCGCUGCCCACUGCCGCCUGUCUUCAAACCCACCGGAGCGAAGGGGAAGAAGGCAUGGGAGGGGAAGCAAGCAAGCCAGAGCGUUCGGCUUCGGACAGGCGCCGCGACUGCGCGCCAGACACCCGGCUUUCCAUGCCCACGGCCGCGCCACCAGCUGAUGCGGCGGCCUCGCCUUCGACAGCUGUUGCCGACGGCGUGGCCAAUACACGUCGAGCGGUAGGAAAUCAAGCCUGGCUCCACCGAACGUCUCGCAAGAAGAAGAACCACCUGACUUCAAAACCUGCCGCCGCGGAGCCUCAGCACACGCGCGAACAGUUAACUAUUAACGGUGAAGCGGUGCCGUUUGAAGUGGAGGAUCAGUACAUCGAUUACUGCAGAUCAUCAGCAACUGAUCCUUCUAAAGUUACCUGCCACAUCUGUUUCUUCGAGGAUCACAUUUUUAAUAUCACCAACAAAAUUCAGCGCAAAGAGAUGAUCUUGCAUUGUCACAAACACAAGGGUCGGCCGCUUAUUGCCUGUCAAGAGUGUCCUAUAUAUGUUUGCAAGGCACGUGAUUUGGAACUGCAUACACACUACUGCCACACCCUACCAGCAGAUUGGUGGAGGUCCAGGUGAAAUUGGAAGAAAGGCUUGUCCAUUUGAUGGAGGUCUAGACGAAAUUAGAAGAAAGGGCUGUCUAUUUUACUUUUGUUAGAUUGGUAGAGGUCUAGAUGAAAUUAGAAGGAAAACUUGAUAGCUGUCAUUAGUUCCUUUUAGCUAUUGAUGUUAGCUCAUAUGUGUAAUAAAUGGAUGUAAAUAUGCAAGAGCAUAUAAUUAGUUUGCUCAAAUACUUUAGAGUUAGGCUGGAAUAGAAAUUAAUGUGUUUCCCCCUCGUGCACCUCGAAUUUCAGUAAACCAUAUGCAAAGAUAUUAUGGUGUCAAUUUCCAAAAUCUCAAGCAAGAAA